CACAGAGACGCAUAUUGGACACUGUACACCUCAUUCCUCUGAACGGGCCGCACGGAGGUGCAUGGCCCCAUCUCCUUGUAUUAUGAUGAAUCCUGUGCAGGGGUCGCCGUCCCAAGACGCCAAACAGCUUCAUCAAAAAGAUGAGACGGAUACGGAGGGCGAGGAAGUUCAGCCUAAAGACAUGACGACGGAGAAAGGAUACAAACUGCAGCGGAGCAGCCUUCCGUUCAGCGUUGAGUCGCUGAUUUCCAAGAAGACCACCUGUCGGACUUCUUAUUCUCCCUCAGAUUUAUCUCUGGUCCUGCCGAAGUCCGCGGCAGGGCAGGGCGCGCAGUUCUCUCCAAGGACUUUUUACGCGGAGAGGAAGACUUCGGCGGAGAGCUCGCAGGGUGUUUCCAGUAGUUCCAGCGAGGACAGUCCGCAGUUUUGUGAGAAAGAUCAGAGCACUUGGUUCCAGACGCCGUCAUUUUCUACUCCUCCUCGGAGCUCAAGUCCAAAUCAGUGUACUUUAAGGAAACACAAAAACAACAGGAAACCUCGCACGCCCUUCACUACCUCUCAGCUGCUGGCGCUGGAGCGCAAGUUUCGCCAGAAGCAAUACCUCUCCAUCGCCGAGAGAGCCGAGUUCUCCAACUCUCUCAACCUGACGGAGACUCAGGUCAAAAUUUGGUUCCAAAACAGGAGGGCCAAAGCUAAGAGACUGCAAGAGGCCGAGCUGGAAAAGUUUAAACUGGCCUCAAAGCCCGUCCUGCCCGCAUUCGCGCUGCCGUUCCCCCUCGGAGCGCACAUGGGGUCUCCUACAUGGGGCCCGUCAAACGCCUUCCCGAGGCCCAGUCUGCCGGUCCCCGGACUGUUUAGUGGACCUGUCACUUAUGGGAUGUACUAUUUGUCUUAGUAUUCCUGUGUGUGUGUGUGUGCGUGUGUGUGUGUGUGCGUGCUUUUAAGAGAAAUCAUGUCUUCAGAUCAUGGUUGCAAUACACUUAUGGGCAUAAUGCGUCUUUUACAUCUCGGAAAAGCAGUUUUGUAUUUUCACUCUGGAGUUUAGAGAAAUGUUCUAACCUCCAGAAUGGAAAAUGAUUUAAAAAUUGUGAGACAUUUUGAUAUGUAAUUGUGUGCGUAAAUGGACUGAGCGCGUUCACUCGCUCUCCUCAUUUUAAGACAGUGUCCAGUGCUGCGGAUUGUGGAUUCACAGGCCUAAAUUACUUGGGCAAAACUCCAAACGUAAAUGUCAGGGUUUUAAACGACAUGCCUUAAAUAUCUCAUUCCAGUCCAUCCACCGAGUCCCGCAGUAGUUUGUGAAACUGGACAUUUAAAGUGGGUCCAGACGUGGAUGCAAUAAUCUACUGAAGCGGAGGAAAAAACAGAAAAGUACUUAAACGCUGCAGUGCCUUAAGACCAGUGUAUCACUUGAAGUAUUUCUCCUCAUUCAGCAUUGACUGUUUUCUGUCUUCAUCGGGUAAAACUGCAGAUUUGCUGUUUGAAUGAUUGUAUUUCUUCACAGCAGUUCCUGUCACGAUUUCUACAUUUUUGUAAACAUGGAGCAAAAUUAUAUUUUAGAAAACACACGUAUUAGAUAUUUUUUUACUCUCACAACGUGGCCUUCAUGGGAGUGAUAGUUUCUUUUCUUUCUUUUUUUUUUUUUUUUUUUGGAGGAAUUUUGCUGUAAAUGUAAAUAAUAAUAAUAAAUGUGUAGUGUUCAUGAAGCCCUGCAGCCUGGCUUGAGGAGCAGCAGGAAAGUGGUAUUUAUUGAAUAUCUUUGUAUCUGUACUGUGUACAUACUGUACAUCACUCUAUCUAAAUCUUCAGU